AUGAAUCAGAUAAUGACCCAGCUGAGAGUCAGGCAAAGCAAAAGGAUCUAAAUCCAACUUGUGUAACACCGUUAGUGGCCGCCCUAGCAAAGACCAUCUACAGAGAUCUUCUCGUUGCCGGGGAUCCUAUUACUUCUGUCGAUACAGUACUAAAAAGCAACUUUGUAUCGAAUCCGGAAUACAUCGAGUUCAUGGAUCGUUUAUUGGAGCUCGUUCAUGCAAUGCCAUUUGAUCCUGUAUUUGACGAUCGAUAUAGGCUGGCAAGAAGAAGCCACCAAAAUUACUACUCAUACUACAGAGCAGUGACUGUCAAUACAAUUCUGUACCAGGUUAAUGACGUUGUGAUCGUUCCCGCCGGAGAAGAUGGGCAGCACCCCGUGCCAUAUUACCCAGUCCAGGCACCGAGGACUAGGCCGUUUGCCUUUGCAGGCGACCUUUUCUGGUUCGGAAGAAUACUCUCAAUUAAAAGGGAGACGCGAACAGCACAUGUACAAUGGUUUCAACAUGGCGCAAAGACAAUGCUCGAGGAACUCGCCCAUCCCCAGGAGCUUUUCCUCACCAACAUGUGUGGAGACAUCAAUAUUGCCUCAUUCCUUGCUCGAUGCCAAUGUAGGAAGGUUUCACCAGGAGACCGUCCCGGGUCUCGAAAUAACGACACAAUUGGACACACUGAAUUUUUCUAUUCGCUUUCUUAUAUCCAAGAAGAUGUUAUCCUUAGGGAUAUAUCUGAAGUCGAAGAUGAUCCAGGCAAAUUCGUUAGGCGCAUAGGCGCUUGUGGCCUUUGUGCAGCCAGGGAGAAGGACUUGAUUCGGAAAAAUGAAGAUUGUAGCCGACUCCCUCCUGGUGAAGACGUCGGGUUCGAGCGCAAUGGCGUUGCGUAUCAUGUAUACGACGUGGUAUUAAUAAAGGAAGAACAGUCUGGACCUUGUUUGAUCGGCCAAAUUACGUCUAUCGAUGAACUCGCGGAGGGUUUCAGUCUCACUUUGCAGGUUUUUGAGAGAUUCAACGAUAUAACAAGGGUGGGCGAUAACGUAGAAGCAGAACAAUACGAGGAAAGACACCUGUUCCUCACUGAUAGGAAAGUGUCCGUGCACUCCGAUAGACUGAUAAGUAAAGCAUUUGUCCUGCAUAAGAGAUCGGCGAAGAAACUUCGAUUACGAGGCUGGCUGGAAUCUGACCCGAACCAUUUCUACAUCACAAAAACUGCGCCAUCAAAGGACCGUGCUUCUCUGGGCGUCAUGAGCCCGGUCGCAUCCGAGGAGUUUUACCUUUGUGAGCCAUGUGUCCGGGAAGAAAUCGAUAAAACAUUCGAUUUCCUCAGCUGGAAGGAGAAUAUGAAGGUGCAUCCAUUGCGUAUUUUUGAUCCUUUCGGCGGCUGCGGCGCGUUCGCAAUGGGCGCAUGCGAUGCCGGAAACAUGAAGUUCACGCAUACAGUCGAAAAAAAUACAAGCGCGGCGGCUACUAUCAGGUUGAAUAGCCCGGAUACCAUUGUUUACAAUCAGUGUGCGAACAAGAUGUUAGAAUACGCGGUAUCCCGAGCGAACGGAUCGAACAUGACUCUAAACGAUUUGCUUACUGGCGAAGCCUUGCCCGCACCACCACAGCGCGAGGAGAUAGACUGUAUCGUAUCUGGCUUCCCCUGCCAGCCGCACUCGCGGAUGAAUAGGUAUCCGCGAGCAACCGACCUGGUGAAUGAGUUAUAUCUCACCACUAUUUCAUGGGUAGAGCAUCUCUGCCCGAAAUAUUGUCUCUUCGAAAACGUCCCUGGAUUCAUACAGCACAGAAUCGGAGCGACUCAAAUAGAUCAACAUACAAUACAAGGUGGUAUUAUUCAAGGCGGAAUUAAACUCACGUGUAGAACUCUGACAGCAUUGGGCUAUCAAGUACGAUUCGCUACGCUUCAGGCGGCGCAUUACGGUACCCCACAGAGACGAAAGCGCUUCUUCCUAUGGGCUGCUCGCACUGGGCUCCCACUUCCAGACCUUCCACCACGAACACACGAAUUUCCUGCCACAAAGUCGCUAGCUAUAAGAUGUAGCAAUGGGGAUGUUGCCGGUUCAGUAUCCUGUGAGACUGGAACCGCUCCGAUGCCGAUGGUAACCGUUGCGGACGCAAUCUCGGAUCUGAAGCGUUGGGAUUGGGAGAAUCCACAUAAGGAAUAUAAAGAAACAGCGCACGAUCGGCGUGAACGAGAAGCACGACGGCACAUUGUACAGGUGCGAAGCCAUCCAGGUGAUGGAGGCUGCGGGAUUGGCGGAGUAGAGUACGAGCACGAACCACGUACCGCGUACCAGGCUCGAUGCCGAAGGCGACCUGCCAGUGAACUUCAGCAUGUGACAUACUGUUUCAACGACAUCACAAUUGAGGCUACUGUCAACGUUCCCCUCGAAGGUGGUUCGAGCUUCAAAGACUUGAACCACAAACCCAAGCUCUGGAAGGAACGGAUCAACCCAUUGUCCGCCAAUGCGCGGCAUGGAUAUAAAACUCAUAUGUUUGUACGGUUAGAAGCCGACAAGUGCUUUAACACAAUAGUAACGAACAUAGGUCCAACGGCGAAACAGAGCAAAGUCCUCAAUCCUUGGUGCAAGCGACUGGUGACAGUGCGUGAACUGGCACGAUCGCAAGGAUUCCCAGACGCCUUUGAGUUUAAAGCACUAGAUCUCAAAAUUAAGACAAUGCAUGAGAUGAUUGGCAAUGCCGUGCCAUGGCCGCUGAGCGUGGCCCUUGGAAGGGAGCUUGAGCGGGCGUGGUACAAGGAGACGGCAACGGCAGAAGUCGACAACGAUGAUGAAGAAAUGGAAUACUAACAUUACUUCCCCAAGUCGGAUUCAUACUAGUGGAAGCGGAAUUAUGUUUCUGUAUUGAUUGAAUUCUAACUGAUUACUGAAGCGUAGUUUUUGUAUUUUGAUCUGGGGGUACACGCAUUUUUUUUUACAUUUCUUCAAAUUCUUGCAUAUUUUCGGCGAUGACGCAUCGCUUACGUACGUGACGUCAUCACUUGUAUCCCGACUUUUGGUCACGCGCAAAUUCAGCUUUGUAGGAU